ACGAAGAAAUUGGGCAAAGUUGUUCUAGUGACGGUGUUUCAAAUCGACCACAAAAGGCUUCUUGUUCGUCAUCCUAAUGCUGCAGACCUAUAGGAGAUGACAGAAACCUUAGUGAAAUCCUUCCUGCAACGAUUGAGUUCUCUAACAUUGCAAGAGAAUGAAGCUUCUACCGGUUUGCAAGAUCACUAUGUUGCUGAGACUAGAAGUCAAGAUGGGUCUGAUCAGAAGUCACAGUUUUCCAAUGAAUUAGAGAAGAUCGAUGCAUGUCUUGCCGGAGUUUCACUCCCAAAAGAAGGAAUUGGGCAAAGUUGUUCUUCUGGUGAUGAUGUUGAUGUAGUAGGUGAGGAAUCUCUUUCUCCCUUUGCAUUGAAUUAUAGAAACUUGCCUUCUUAUCUCAGAUCUUGCUUACUCUACUGUUCUCUCUUCCUUGAGAAAAUUUUAAUAAGUAGAGGAAAAUUAGUUCGACUAUUGGUGGCUGAAGGAAUUUUACAAGAAAUACCAGGGGAAGUUAUGGAGGAUAUUGCUGAAGAAAAUAUCAACCAAUUAGUUGGCCAAGGAAUGCUUCAAGUUGAACUUAACUUCCGAGAUGAAUUGAUCAAAGUUGUCGAUCCUUAUCUUAAAAUCUGUCGGCAUAAGCUGCAGCAAUGGAAAGGUAUCACUGGCAAUCUACUAGAUUCAGAUUCUAAUUUUCCUGAUAUUUCCCCCGUAGUUUUCAUCUACUACCGUGGUGAAACUAUCGGGACAGGGUUCAAUGAUCACCCUGUUCGAUCAUUAUUUGUCAUUCCAGACCAUUCACAAAGAUUCAAUACCCAUGAGUAUUGGGAGAAAGGCAUUCCUGAUGACCACUGGGCCAGCCUAAGAAAUGCCAUCCAUAGCUUCAAUUUUUUGAGGGUUUUGGAAUUUAAGAAUCUUUGUAUUAAGAGCUUACCAGAAGAAAUAGGAGAUCUGAUACACUUGCGGUAUCUAGGCAUAAAACAUUUAGCACUGGAUGAGAUUCCAGAGAGCAUAGGUAAUCUUCAAAAUCUACAAACUUUGGAUAUUAGAUACCCUAGAAAUUUGAGGGUAUUGCCAAGUGGGUUUCUGAAUCUUCUACAAUUGAGGCACCUUAAGUUGUCAUGGAUAUUUAAAAUAAAAGUCCCCUUAGGUAUGGGUAUAUUAACAAACCUCCAGUGUUUAACUGGUUUACACCUAAGACAUGGCAUCAUAGAAGAAUUAAGAAGUUUGACUCAACUCAGGAAACUGGAAUUGAUUGAUGUAUCAGAAGAACAUGCAAGUGAGCUCUCUGCUUCUAUCAUGACGAUGUCAGGACUUGUGUCUUUAUCUCUAUCUUCAACAGACGCAAUAGCUCAACUAUUAGAAUAUGAGAGUGAGGAAUUGUUGCCCACCCUGGAGCAAUUUUCACCACCGCCAUCUCUCAGAAAACUUCACCUGUACGGGCGUCUAAUGGAUCUACCUCAUUGGAUCUGCUCCAUGGAGAACCUCACUACGCUAAAAUUAGGUUUUUCCUUUCUAUCUGAGGAAGCAAUUUCUGCACUUCAAUUUCUUCCCAACUUGAAAUAUCUAAAACUUUGGAGAGCUUACGAGGUCAAAGUAAUAAACAAAGAUUUUUUCAAGGUGGGUGGGUUUCCUAAGCUAGAGGCACUUAUUAUUACUUCUACGAAUCUACUAGAAUGGACUGAGGUUGAAGAAGGGGCACUGCCAAGUUUGGCAUUCCUUUGCUUCCUCUAUUGUGACCGAUUGAUGAAUCUUCCAGAAGGGUUGCAAUAUGUCAGCAUGCUAAAAGUCCUGGAGAUAUGGCCCUUGCACCCAGAUCUUGAACGGAGGUUGAAAAGUGAUGGAGGCAAAGAGAAUUACAAGAUCAAGCACAUCCCGCAAAAACGUUUUUUCUCUUCAUUCAUAAACACAUGGGUUGAAAUUUGAUGCAUGUUCCAAGUCAAGCAUAUCCAUUAGGUUACAUUGCUUUUGACAACUGCAAAUGGAUUCAUUAUCUUAAAGGGUGGUUGCCAAGCUUGGUUGAAGCAAAUAGAAUUGUAAGAUCAGACACAAGCUAUGUUAACUUCAUAUCCCUGUAUCUCGUAUGGCAUGGGU